ACAUGCAGACUGCUGUACACUUCCCUGGUCUCUUCCCCAGAGUGACAGCCAACUCUGCUGAAUAAACCAAAGGUGUAAAAGUGGCUUGGGGCUGGCUCGCUGACCAUGAGCAGGAAGAUCUAACCAUAGAGCUGCUUUGUAGCAAUAGUUAGUGACUGGCACUGUGCUAGGAAUCAGAGAUACAAGUGUGCUAUAAUCCAUGCCUCAAAGAUUUCCACAUCCAAAAGGAAGGGACCACAGGAAGGACUUGCUGCAGCGUGUCACAUGGUGUGAUCAGGCCUACACAGGAGGCUGUGAGGGGAGCGAAGACAAACCUGUAACUGUCAGAGAAAGUGAAGUGAAGUGUGCUCUCUAGCCUGUGGGAGUAGGAACCAGGCUGGCUACAAAGCAGGGCCAGUCCCACGUGGGCAGGAACACUUGAUACACAAUAGACGAUACACACAGUGCAUGCGCGGCACUGAACGACAGUCCAGUUCUGAUGGACGUCACAAAGGUAGGGAGCAGGGAGCACAGGCCGGGUGAGAACAGAGGGAGCAGGGAGCACAGGCUGAGUGAGAACAGAGGGAGCAGGGAGCACAGCUUGGGUGAGAACAGAGGGAGAAGGGAGCACAGGCCGGGUGAGAACAGAGGGAGCAGGGAGCACAGGCUGGGUGAGAACAGAGGGAGCAGGGAGCACAGGCCGGGUGAGAACAGAGGGAGCAGGGAGCACAGGCUGAGUGAGAACAGAGGGAGCAGGGAGCACAGGAUAGGUGAGAACAGAGGGAGCAGGGAGCACAGGAUAGGUGAGAACAGAGGGAGCAGGGAGCACAGGAUAGGUGAGAACAGAGGGAGCAGGGAGCACAGGCCGGGUGAGAACAGAGGGAGCAGGGAGCACAGGCCGGGUGAGAACAGAGGGAGCAGGGAGCACAGGAUAGGUGAGAACAGAGGGAGCAGGGAGCACAGGAUAGGUGAGAACAGAGGGAGCAGGGAGCACAGGCCGGGUGAGAACAGAGGGAGCAGGGAGCACAGGCUGGGUGAGAACAGAGGGAGCAGGGAGCACAGGCCGGGUGAGAACAGAGGGAGCAGGGAGCACAGGCUGGGUGAGAACAGAGGGAGCAGGGAGCACAGGCCGGGUGAGAACAGAGGGAGCAGGGAGCACAGGCUGGGUGAGAACAGAGGGAGCAGGGAGCACAGGCCGGGUGAGAACAGAGGGAGCAGGGAGCACAGGCUGAGUGAGAACAGAGGGAGCAGGGAGCACAGGAUAGGUGAGAACAGAGGGAGCAGGGAGCACAGGAUAGGUGAGAACAGAGGGAGCAGGGAGCACAGGCUGGGUGAGAACAGAGGGAGCAGGGAGCACAGGCCGGGUGAGAACAGAGGGAGCAGGGAGCACAGGAUAGGUGAGAACAGAGGGAGCAGGGAGCACAGGAUAGGUGAGAACAGAGGGAGCAGGGAGCACAGGCCGGGUGAGAACAGAGGGAGCAGACACUGACGAUCCAGACUCAUGACUCAAGCACGAGGAACUACCUGGCACGAUGUGAAUACCGGGGAAUUAGUGUAAAGUACUUUCUUUUUAGUAGAUGUUUCAUAAAACUGCUGAUUUAAAAAUGCCUGGGAUUGGAUAUGCAAAAACCAUUUACUACUUGUAGUUUUCUCCUUCGCAGGCUGGUGUGGAGGCAUGUGUGGGCUGGAAGGAGGAGCAGAGGACAGGGAAGGAUGCUCUGGACUUGGA